AUGGCAGGUGCUGAACUGCGGUGGCUGGCGGUGGCGGUGUUGUGGUUGUCGGUGAGUGCGCCGGGUGUCCAGGGCUUGAUCGCCCGGCCAGCGCUGCCACCGCGAGGCUGGAACAGCUACGACAGCUUUGGCGCCAGCAACGGCACGGAGACAGUGGAGGUGGCGGCGGCCAUCUCAAAGUCCCUGGCCCCGUUUGGCUACCAGUACGUCACCAUCGACGAAGGCUGGUUCCGCGAGAGCGACAACAGCAUUGCCCUCGACCAGUGGGGGCGCAUGAUUCCCGCAAAGUCAAAGUACCCGUUUGCAAACGGCAGCUUCAGGGAACUGGCCACAACCCUGCGCAUCAGGAACCUUACCCUGGGCCUCUGGACCAUGUUUGGCGUUCCAGCUGACGCCGUGGCUCGCCGCUUGCCAAUCCGGAAUUCCACAUACACCGCAGAUCAAAUCUCCCUCGGCGUCAACACCACUUGUCCGUGGGCUCAGAAUCUCACAUAUGCAAUCAACACCACCCAUCCAGGCGGUCAGGCGUAUUACGCCUCUCUUGUGGAGCUGUAUGAGGAGUGGGGGAUCGGAAUGGUGAUGACACUGUGGAGCUUCAGCGGAUCGCCGCUCAUCUUUGGAGGUGACGCGCGAACAACGACAGAGGACGACAUUGCCGUGCUCACAAACACAGACAUCCUCGACGCCCAGAAGUACAUCAGCAACUUCCAGCUUCGUCGAUUGGUCACUGAGGGUCCGGUGGAGAUUUGGUCCGGCGACAACGCCGAUCCAAAUGCAGGCAGUGACGCAUUUUACAUUGCCGCGUUUAACUUGGGCAACGCCACCGUGGACCUCGACAUUCCUUUCCCACAGAUUGGGCUCGGAGGCCACAAGUACCAGCUGUUGGAGCUGUGGACAGGACUGCCGACAGCACCAGCCGACCGCUUGAGACAGACCAUCAGACCAAACUCCGUGCUGGCAUUCAGAGCCACGGUAGCCAGUGCCGAUGAAGCCGUUUGA